AAAAAAAGUAUAAUGGGAAAAGUGGAGAUUGUUCGUAACUCACUUCCUAUGAGUGGGGGAGAUGGUCCGAACAGCUACUCUAAGAAUUCUCAUUUGCAGAGAAAAACAACAAGUUUGUUGAAAGAGAAAAUAGACAAACUGGUAUUAGAGAAACUCAAUGCAAAAACCCUAAUCUCAUCUGACUCCAACACAUUCCGGAUAGCCGAUCUUGGUUGUGCAACUGGACCAAAUACAUUCUUUCUCGUUGACAACAUCAUCAAAUCCAUUGAAACCAGCUUAAGAAAAUCAAACUCGUCAAAACCAGAGUUUCUUGUCUUCUUCAACGACCUCCCACAAAACGACUUCAACACUCUCUUCACAUCUCUCCCUCAAGACCGGAGUUACUUGGCGGUCGGAGUCCCGGGUUCGUUCUACGGCCGUGUCCUUCCUCAAUCCUCCGUUCAUAUUGUAGUGACGAUGGGGGCCACACACUGGCUAUCGAGUGUACCAAAAGAGGUGUUGGACAAAAGCUCCAAGGCGUGGAAUAAAGGCAAGGUUCACUACUCAAAUGCCGCGGAUGAAGUUGUGAAGGCUUAUAGAGAUCAGUUUGGUCGGGACAUGGAGAAGUUUCUAGAAGCUAGGGCUACAGAAAUAGUAAGUGGAGGUCUUUUGGUUGUUGGAAUGUGUGGGAUUCCUAAAGGAAUGCCUUUCUCCAAUCUUGCCGACAGUAUCAUGUAUACGUCCAUGGCUGAUGUUCUCACUCAAAUGCAUUCCGAGGGUUUGAUCAGCGAAGAGCAAGUCGAUACCUUCAACAUACCUAUCUACUCAGCAACGCCUGAGGAGGUAACAGUCCUGGUAGUGAAAAAUGGAUGCUUCACUGUCGAAUCUAUGGAGCUGAUGGACCCAACGGCCUGGCUCAAACGGCCGACGAACGUGGAGGAUGUUAGGCAUUGGAUGGUUUGCAUAAAGGCAACAAUGGGAUCUCUCUUCAUCAACCAUUUUGGUGAACAUCUCCUCGACGAUGUCUUCGACCGUCUCACCGCAAAACUGGUUGGACUCACCGAGAAAAUUGAAUCCAGCUACCGUGAGAAGGUCAUGUUGUUCUUUGCGUUGCAACGAAAAUAAAUAUUAUUUGACAAGUUUUUGGCUGUGUUUAAAAAAAAA